UGUUUCUUUUCGAAAGCUAGAGUCCAACAUUGAGUAGUCACAACAACUGCUUUUAAUAUUUACAGCCACGCCUUACCUGUCCAACACACAGAAUCAGAAUAGAAUCUCAGAGGUCGAAAAUGCAGGCUCAGCAUGGCAGGCAAGGGAGAACCAGAACACCAAGUUUGGGUGGCACAAGCUCAAUCUAUUCCUAUGCCAGUACCACAAGGACUAUGUCCAGGUCUAUGAAAUCUUUACGGGUAGCGUGGUAUAAAAAGCCUAUAUUGCAAGAUGCAUUUUUUACUGACAUUCAAACAGGAGCUAUGAUAACAGCAAUUUUUUCCAUGGUGAUCAGCCUGUUUACCAUUGCUACAGCGGUGCUAGAUAUCUACUGCUUAGGAAUGACCAAGCCGGGGGUUACCCACUAUGGUUACUACAUUAUGAGUUUCCAAUUUGUUUAUGUUGGCAAUGGCAAUGUCCGUAACACUCUUAUUGUGUUUGCUCUGUUUUCUGCCAUAGCAGCAAUAGCUCUGUUUGUAACUAGCUGCAUUUUGCUGAAAGCUCUUCGCAAAGAGAUUGAAAAGGAUAUGGUUCCUUGGCUUUUUGCCUCUGGUGUAUUUUUCGUUUGGCGUACCAUUGCCAUUAUUUUUGCAUCAAUCGUUAACGAUAUGAUAUUUGGUUAUCAUAUUUCCAUGUGUUUGUUUUGGGUUGCAUUUAUUUUGCUCGGGGCCUUAGGCUGGGUCAUCGUGUAUUCCCUUUAUUUAGAGUUAAGCGAUUUGACAAAGCUCGAGGAUUUGGCUCAUUUGAGAAUGGGGACAAUGAGCAGUCUCAAUAUGACCCAGUCGAUCGGAGGAUCCAGACCGACGACACCACACAGCACAGUCUCAACUGCACAAGUGGUCUGAAUUUUGGAGAUCUCGCGUUUUUGUUUUUUAUCCGUUCCAAAUCAUUCCAUUCCGUCCACCACAUAUGUAAUAAUAAGGAAUCUCGUUUCCUUUGUAUCGACUUUUUGGCCAUCAUCCAAGUUGUAUAGAGUUGACUAGCCGAUUUUCCUACUUAUCAAGCAACGAUGAUGAGGAAAAAAAUAAAAGGCAUAAAUUUUUA